CUACUCCACUAACGAGUAGCUGAGCUAGUAAUAGAUGGACAUUUUCCUUUCCUCCAUUGUUAGGUAGUUUACUAGCAUCAUGCCAUGAUACGACUGAUGAUUAGACAGUUGUAAUAAAUAUUUGGCAUGGACAAGAUAAUUGGAAACAAUUUGUUAGUGUGCUGUAUUUGUUACAUCGUCAUUUUUCUCUGACAUAUCAAUAUAAGAAAUGUCUACAAGUGUUCAUGUUUAUUUACAGGCCAGUUUGCAAGUUUUAUGUGAAGAACACUAAAGUUCCAUUUGAGGAGGACCAUUUCCAUGAGUUUAAAGGACAUCGCAACUUGUGUGUGGAGGAUCUACCACACUGGUGCUACACUUCCUCUGAUAAACGCAGUCGGAAACCAAUAUCUAGUGUGCUGAAUGCCUUUCUUAACACGGGGGAUGGAGGAAUCGUUUAUAUCGGGAUCGUCGAUGAUGGCACUGUCAAAGCAAUACGGCUCACAGAAUACCAGAAGGAUCAUCUACGUGCUGGCAUUGACGACUUGCUACAAAACAGAUUUUAUCCCAGUGUCAGUCAACAUCGGUACCGUGUAAAGUUUGUCCCCGUCAUCGAAAAAGAUGACGACCACAUUGACAUCGACCACAUCUAUAAUUUGGAAAUAAGUACCAUGACAGAUCCCAAGCUGAAAGAAAAGCCACAUUUGCUGAGGACUGCACAGUACUGCUGGUGCGACAAGGAUUCUAUAGCACAGUUUAAUAAUGGGCAGGUGUGCGGAGAAUAUGUAGCAGAGAUACACAUCCAAACGUGGGACCCAAGCGAUGCGAGGAACGCUGGCUCGAUGCAAACACAGCACAAGCUAAACCCUGUGCACCAGAAUGAGGAGGCACACGUUUACUUCCGCAUGCAAGCCAGUAAUAUGCGGGCUUCAAUGCACGACAUAAGGCAAGUCACUCAGCUACAGAUGCAAAGUCACUACCAACCAGAGAUAAACAGUUUGCAAGCAGAACUACAGCGGUUACAGGCGAGAUUAUCAGAGAAAGAUGUUGAAUCCAUGCUUCACUGACUAAUAUGAAAUUGCAUACCAAAGUGUAUCCAAAUGCCUCUGCCAACAAAUCAGGUUCUAGCCAUUUGUAAUAAGUGCCAUAGGAUGAGAUUCGUGUUUUAUUUUUGUAACAAUACUUCGGAAAUAUUUGAAUAGGAGUAUGUGUUUGUAACAAUAUUUCGAAGGUAUCAAAAAAUAAUAUUUUUAUACAAUU